AUGGGCCCCGAUGACAGGCCGCCUCCUCCCCCUCAGCCUCUCCUGUCCGCCAUGUCUCCCCCGCCCUCCCCUCCCCUCCUGCGGGCCCUGCCCUCCUCCAGGCGCGAGCCAGAGGAGUCGCCCCAGGGCAGCCAGGGCUCGGAGGACUCGUUCUGCCGCGCCAUGGGCCUCUUGGGGAUGGGACACCGGCUCUUCGUGCCCAAACUGUUAGCGACGUCCAAAGAAGACCUGCUUCAGGCCGACUUUGAAGGAGCGCUCAAGUUCUUCAGGGUCCAGCUCCCGAAGAGAUACAGAGCAGCUGAGAACGCCCGGAGGCUGAUGGAGCAGGCCUGCAACAUCAAGGUACGGCCACACGGGGCGCUAUAA